AUGUUGUUAAAAUCUGCAUUAGAAGGUCAUUUACAAUGCAUAAUUGCAAUUGGAAAAACUGGCAACGAAAAAGCUUCACAGGAACUAUUUUUAGUGUACAAAUUUAUAAUCUUGGAAAUGAAAUUUUUACGUCAAUAUCCAGGAUUCGACGAUUCUAACGAAAAUAGUUAUGAUGAAACUGCACGUUUAAUUUUUCGUGCUCUUUUAGAUAAA